GAUAUUUUUCGUUUUCCAAAACAUUCACACGACGUUGUAACUUCUUCUAGAUUUUCGUCCAUUUCCUCCGUCGUUUUGAAGCCCAAGUGGUUGAUUUCUGUUCUCUGAAGUAGAGCACACACCAGGGAACGCGAAGGGCGACAGGACAGCUGACAAUGUCGUCUGAUCGUGUCAUAAACAGCCUGAGAUUCAACCAAGACCAUGGUUGUUUCACGUGUGCGAUGGAUGACGGGUUCAGACUCUAUAAUGUGGAACCAUUGGUGGAGAAACUCAGCCUGGCCCAUAACGAGGUAGGGAGUGUGUCCCAGGUAGAGAUGCUGCACAGAUGUAAUGUAGUGGCUGUGGUCGGGGGAGGGAACAAACCUAAGUUUGCAGAAAAUACAGUGCUGAUCUGGGAUGACAAGCAGAAGAAGUUUGUGAUAGAGCUGACGUUCACCCAGCCUGUCACAGCAGUCAGACUCAGGAGGAACAAGAUUAUAGUAGCAGUGCGCAGCAGGAUCUUUGUGUUCCGCUACCCUGACAACACCAGUAAACUGUUCGAGUUUGACACCAGGGACAAUCCCAGAGGUCUCGUGGAAGUGUCCCCCAGUACAGACCACCAGAUCAUGGUGUUCCCUGCACACAAGUGUGGCAGUCUGCAGAUUGUGGACAUUGCUACGACAGAUGAAAACAUCUCCAGCUCCCCUGUGACCCUGACUGCUCACCAGUCUGAGAUCGCCUGCAUCGCUGUCAAUCAGCAGGGCACCAAGCUGGCCUCAGCAUCCAGAAAGGGCACGUUAAUUCGUAUCUGGGAUGCACAGACCAAGAAGAUGCUGCAUGAGCUGAGGAGAGGAUCAGACCCUGCCACACUGUACUGUAUCACCUUCAGUCAUGACAGCUCCUACCUGUGUGCGUCCAGUGACAAGGGGACUGUGCACAUCUUUGCCAUCAAGGACACAUCACUCAACAAGAGAUCAACCCUGCGUAAGGUGGGUUUCCUGGGUCAGUAUGUGGAGUCUCAGUGGGGCCUGGCUAACUUCACUGUGCCGCCCGAGUGUGCCUGUAUCUGUGCGUUUGGACCCAACUCUUCAGUUAUAGCCAUCUGUGUGGACGGCACCUUCCAUAAGUACGUCUUCACACCUGAAGGAAACUGCAACAGGGAGGCUUACGACGUGUUCUUAGAUGUGGGGGAUGAUACUCACUUCUAGACAUAGUCUAACACUAAUACUAACUUGUAAAUAGACAAAUACUUGUAAAAUAACUAAGAUUCUUUGCUCAGACAAUAUCUAUUAUUUAUUUGCCAUUUUGUAAAGUUUUAUCUGAUUCUGAUCAGUAACUUUGUUAUUUAAUUUUUUUAUCGUAACAUUUAAUAAUACAUCUUUUUUUAAACAUGUAAAUGAGCCAAGAUGCAUGUAACUUUAUUAAGGUUGUUUGUUUUCAUUACCUAAAGAUCACUUAUUGAUCCAUUUAAGGAGCAUUCAUCCUGGAUAUGUACAUGUACUGCAAUACGUAAGAAAAAGACAACUGAAUACCGUGGAAUUAACCAGUCUUUACUGUCUGUAAUCUCACAAGAUUGCAUGAACCAGUACUGCAUGAACUGGAAAACCAUCACCGUCUUUCUUGCAACAAGAACCAUGUUACUGCACAUGCUGUACUUAGUAUAGAAAAUCUGGAUUUUCCAUAUGGAUCUACUCAACAUAAAUAAAUCAAUUAUAAUUUAUAUUACAUUGAAACUUGGACCAUAUCCAAAAACUGAAAUAUAAUUUACCUUAAAUAUACUCUCUGUAAAGCAGCCAUUAAAUUUUGCAACAAAUAUCUACAUCUCUGUCUGGCCUAUAUAUUUAUCAGCU